AUGGAGCUCUGUUCGUCUUUCAAACCACACUCCACGGUAGACAUCUCCUUCUCCUCCUCGUUCUUAUCCUUCCCCUUCCAAACCCAGCUCAAAAUCCCAAAUAUUGCUACAAAUUUUAGAAUUUUUGCUGUAGCUGUAGACCCAAAAGAGCUCCCACGAAACAGCCCCCAAAGACUUUUAAAAGAGCUAGCAGAGCGCAAGAAAGUAGUCUCCCCCAAGAAAAAACCGCCCCCGAAGAGAUUCAUUCUCAAGCCCCCACUUGAUGAUGCAAAACUGGCUGAAAGAUUCCUCAACAGCCCUCAAUUAUCACUAAAAUCCUUCCCUUUGUUGAGUUCUUGCUUGCCUUCUUCCCGUUUAAACAAUGCAGAUAAAACGUGGAUGGAUGAGUACUUGCUUGAGGCCAAGCAGGCUUUAGGUUACCCUUUGGAGCCUUCGGAGAAUUAUGGCGAUGAUAAUCCAGCUAAGCAGUUCGACACAUUGUUGUAUCUGGCAUUUCAGCAUCCCCAUUGCGAGAGGACUAAUGCUCGCCACGUGAGAUCGGGGCAUUCCAGGCUAUGGUUCUUGGGGCAGUAUGUGCUGGAGAUGGCAUUGUGUGAGUUUUUCUUGCAGAGGUAUCCUAGGGAGUCACCAGGGCCAAUGAGGGAGAGAGUGUAUGCUUUGAUAGGGAAAAAGUUUCUGCCCAAGUGGAUAAAAGCUGCUAGCUUGCAGAAUUUGAUUUUCCCGUACGACGACAUGGAUAAGUUGAUUAGAAAGGAUCGAGAACCGCCAGUGAAAUCUGUAUUUUGGGCCUUGUUUGGGGCAAUAUAUUUGUGUUUUGGCAUGCCAGAAGUAUAUCGUGUUCUUUUUGAAGUGUUCGGAAUGGACCCUGAGGCUGAAGACUGCCAACCUAAACUGAGGAGACAGCUUGAAGAUGUAGACUACGUUUCUGUGGAAUUCGAAAGUAGAAAGCUGAGCUGGCAGGAUGUUGCUGCUUAUAGGCCUCCAGAAGAUGCUCUUUUUGCACAACCGAGGCUUUUCAGGGCAUGUGUUCCUCCUGUGGUGGAUAGGAUCCCUGAGAUCACUGAAGCUAGGAACAUAGAACUCGGACUUGGCUUACAGCUCUGUUUCUUGCACCCUUCCAAGUUCAAAUUUGAGCAUCCACGGUUUUGCUUUGAGAGACUGGAAUAUGUUGGCCAAAAGAUCCAGGAUCUUGUAUUAGCAGAGAGGUUGCUAAUGAAGCAUCUAGACGCUCCCGGAAGAUGGUUGCAGGAAAAGCACCGCCGACUUCUGAUGAACAAGUUCUGUGGGAAGUACUUGAGGGAGAAAUAUCUCCAUCGCUUCAUUAUUUACAGCGAGGAGGUACAGGAUUCCUAUGAACAUAAUAGAAGGCUGAGAAAUCCAGCUACAAGCUCUGUUCAACAGGCCAUUCAUGGGCUUGCGUAUGCUGUAUACGGGAAGCCAGAUGUAAGACGCCUCAUGUUUGAGGUUUUUGACUUCGAACAGACCCAGCCUAAGGCAGUAUGA